AUGUGGAAAUUCCUGCUUUUGGACUAUCUGCUCUUUUGCACCCUAACCCAAAUAAUUUUUGCUUCGGAACACUCUGGUGCCGGCGAUGGCCACCAUGAAAGCCAAUAUCAUCAUCAACAGCAUUACGAUACACCCACAACAUAUUCGGAAAUCUCUAAACAUGUGCCUGUACAGGUCAUCGAGAAAGUACCGCUGCCCAUACCGCAUCCCGUGGCUGUGCAAGUGCCAAAUGUUAUACGGAUACAAAUCCCUGAACCUUAUGCUGUCCAUGUGCCCAUACAGCAGGAGAUUAAAGUACCGGUGUACCGGAUUGUGCCCGAGAUUACAGAACGCAAAAUUCCCUAUACGGUUGAGAAACCCUAUCCAGUUGAAGUGGAAAAGCCAUAUCCCGUUGAAGUGAUUAAACAGAUAAAGAUACCUGUGCCGAAACCCUACCCAGUGCCAAUUACCAUAUACAAGCAUGUCCUGCAGAAGGAUCAUGGCUGGUAA